UGUUUUUUUUUCGCUCAGCACAAAAUCAUGGGACAAGCCAAGAGUAGGGAACGACACGAAAACAACAUUUUAUCUAAAAAGACACACUUUACAAAGAAAGAGAUUCACGAUCUCCGCCAUAAAGUAGACUCUUCAACGAAAUCAAGCAGAUCAAGUAUUACUCAAGAAGUGUUCAAAGAGACAGUAAAGAAAUAUGUGCCUUCUGUUUCUUCCAAUGAUGACGCCUUCCUAGAACAACUCUAUUCUGCAUUCGGUGGAGACAAUAACAAUAGUCUUGAUUUUAGUGAAUUUGUUGAUGGUCUUAGUGUUUUUAUGAAAGGAACUCCAGAAGAAAAACUUACAUUGUCAUUUAAACUUUAUGAUGUAAAUCAUGAUGGCUAUUUGACAAGUGCUGAAUUGGAAAGGGUCAUGCUAAAACUAUCUGGUGCAUUUUCAAAUGAAGAUAGAACUACUGAAAUUAAAGAGAUGGUUGAACAUAUGUUUAAAGACUUUGACAUUGAUAAUGAUGGGCGUUUGUCUUUUGAAGAAUACAAAUUAUCUGUGAUGAAGGAACCCUUGAUUGUUGAUUUUCUCGAGCAAUUUUUAGCAGAGCAUCAUCUCUCGAACUAUCCUCGGGCACCUUCACGUGCAGAAUCCAUCCGAUCUCAUAUAUCAGCUACAAAUGGCAAUCGCUCUCCAUCGUCAUCGUCUAAACUUUCUGUUAGACUAUCGCAGGCGGAGUUACUGGAAUACAGUCAUCAGCAACAUCGCUUACCUACCAAUAACAAUAGUAACAGUGUUCCUGCUAGUCCCACUACAGUUGGGAGUGAAAGGAAACCUUUGAGUCGUCCUACAAGUAUGACCAGCCUGGAUGCUGCAUUGACUGCCAUGGAAAUAGGUGAUGCAAGAAAGCAACAAAUAUCACCUACCUUAUCUAGUAUUGUUUCUUGAUGAUUUUUCUAUGUAUAAUACCUAGAAGCCUUAAUUCAUAUUCUAUAUUCUCUCUUAAUACACAUACACCCACACACACCUAUUAUUUUACUAUUGUUGUUAUUAUUACUAUUGUUGUUAUUAUUACUAUUGUUGUUAUUAUUACUAUUGUUGUUAUUAUUACUAUUAUUACUAUUAUUACU